GAGGUUCCCCAGAAUGGCCCUUCCCAGCCCCUACCGAAAUCCUAGCAAAGCCCCCCCAUUUUGUGGGAGAGAUUCCCCUGCGUCAGGGCCCCGGGCGGAUCACAAGGGUGUUCCAGACCCUGGAAGGGCUUCUCUUCAAAGACCCGUGUUUCCAGAACGUUCCAGAAGCGCACAGUGGCAGCGGGCCCACGUGGCUUGGGGAGAGCAGGCGCUGGGGGAGCUGGGAGUGCUCGGGGCAGCUGGUCCUUUUCCCAUCCCUCCCCGUGAAGGAGGGAGGCUGGUAGCUUUGCCAGCAGCUGCGUUGUGGCAGGGGUGGCCCAUGGACCUGCCCGAGGGCCCAGUGGGUGGCCCCACCGCGGAAAGUGCCCCCGAAGGAGAGACUGCCCUACUGGUUGGGACCCCAGAGCAACUCCUGACUCAUCUGUACCUCUGGGAGCAGCCUGAGGAGGCAAGGCUGGGGAUGCCGAUCAGCUUGGAGGAGCAAAUACUAAACUCCACGUUUGAAGCUUGUGACCCUCAGAGGACAGGCACUGUGGCUGUGGCCCAGGUGCUGGCCUACCUGGAGGCUGUGACAGGCCAGGGCCCCCAGGAUGCACGCCUCCAAACAUUGGCCAACAGCCUGGACCCCAAUGGGGAGGGCCCUAAGGCCACUGUGGACUUGGACACUUUCCUGGUUGUCAUGCGUGACUGGAUUGCUGCCUGUCAACUACAUGGGGGAUUAGAGCUGGAAGAGGAGACCGCCUUCGAGGGAGCCCUGACCUCCCGGCAACUGCCAUCUGGGUACCAGGGAGGCCAACACCCUCUUGUCUGUCUGCCAGGAUGCCCAGAAGCUGAGGAGCCAGCCAACCUGGAGAGCUUCGGAGGCGAAGACCCCGGACGCGAGCUACAAGCCACAGCUGACCUGCUGAGCAGCCUGGAGGACCUGGAGCUCAGCAACCGACGUCUGGCUGGGGAGAAUGCCAAACUCCAGCGGAGCGUGGAGACAGCUGAGGAGGGGUCAGCACGCCUUGGGGAGGAGAUCUUGGCUCUGCGCAAGCAGCUUCACAGCACCCAGCAGGCCCUGCAGUUUGCCAAGGCCGUGGAUGAGGAGCUGGAGGACCUGAAGACUCUGGCCAGGAGCCUGGAGGAACAGAAUCGCAGCCUUCUGGCCCAAGCCCGGCAGGCGGAAAAGCAGCAGCAGCAUCUGGUGGCUGAGAUGGAGACUCUGCAGUUGGAGAACGGGAAGCUGCUUGCCGAGCGGGAUGGAGUGAAGAAGAGAAGUCAGGAGCUGGCCAUGGAGAAGGACACUUUGAAGCGGCAGCUCUUUGAGUGUGAACACCUCAUUUGCCAACGGGACACCAUCCUCUCUGAGCGCACUCGCCAUGUGGAGAGCCUGGCCCAGACCCUGGAAGAAUACAGAGUGACGACGCAGGAGCUGAGGCUGGAGAUUUCACGCCUGGAGGAGCAGCUGAGUCAGACCUAUGAGGGGCCCGAUGAGCUACCUGAAGGGGCCCAGCUGAGAAGAGUGGGCUGGACUCAGCUGCUGCCUCCAUCACUGGGCUUGGAGAUCGAGGCCAUUCGACAGAAACAGGAAGUGGCAACUGCUGAUCUCUCCAACCCUCUGUGUGGGGUGUGGCAGUGGGAGGAAGUCAUCCAUGAGACCAAUGAGGAAGCUGAGUUUCCAUCUGAAGCCCCAGCUGGGGGACAGAGAAACUUCCAGGGAGAGCCAGCGCACCCUGAAGAAGGAAGGAAGGAGCCAUCCAUGUGGUUGACCAGAAGAGAGGAAGAGGAUGCAGAGAGCCAGGUCGCGGCUGAUCUCCCUAUCCCUCUAGGAGACCCUCGCCCUGGAGACAUCCCAGAAAGCCCUCCAGAGAGGCCUGCGCAGCGGGAACUCCAGCAAGCCCUGGUGCCUGUGAUGAAAGAACUGGUCCCAGUCAGGAGGAGGGCCUGGGGCCAGCUCUGCCUGCCCCCACAGCGGCUCAGGGUCACUCGACAUCCACUGAUCCCAGCUCCGGUCCUGGGCCUGCUGCUGCUGCUGCUGCUGCUGCUCUCUGUCCUGCUGCUUGGCCCGUCCCCACCUCCCACCUGGCCCCACCUCCAGCUCUGCUACCUCCAGCCCCCUCCAGUGUGAGAGGCUCUACUUGCCCCUCAGAGCAGUGUCUAGCUCAAUAAAUCCCCUGGCCUUCUCUCGACUGGGAUCCCCAUUGUUAGUCCAGUGUUGCACGGGCUUACCCCAGAUAGAGCACAGGGGAUCCACAUCCCUGUAUUUUUAUGUGAAGUCUCCUAGUUUUUUAAUGUUGACAUUUCUUAACAAUAGCAAAACUCUCCCAGUAAUGGACUAAGCACUAAGGAUUAUUCCCUCACAAAACAAGCCUGGCGAGGGCAGCUGUGGGCACACAGCUAAGUCUCGGUUGCCUUGGGGUCAAGGCCUCAGUGAUCCUCCUGUCCCCUCCCUCAUGCUCAGGAGUUGGCAGUUGUAGCUUCCUACAUCACAUCUGCGGGAGACGGAAACUUCUUCCUUCCUUUUUAUAAAGACAGGCAGUGGCCUCAGUGUGCAGUGGGUAGAUUCAAAUCAUAUUCAUAAUAAAAGAGAAGCAGUUGCCUGCCAAGA